CGCUAAAAAGCUAGGCUGUUUACAGGUUUCAACCAUUUUUUACCGAGUAUUUACUCAUAUGCCAAGCAUAGAGGGUGAAGUAACCAUGCAGGCUUUUCUAAAAGGCACAUCUGUCAGUACUAAACCACCACUGAAGGAUCGAGUAGCUGCCACAGCUGGAAGCAGUGGAGAGAACAAGAAAGCCAAACCUGUUCCGUGGGUGGAAAAAUAUCGCCCAAAAUGUGUGGAUGAAGUCGCUUUCCAGGAAGAAGUGGUUGCAGUACUGAAAAAGUCUUUAGAAGGAGCUGAUCUCCCUAAUCUCUUGUUUUAUGGGCCACCUGGAACUGGAAAAACAUCCACUAUUCUGGCAGCAGCUAGAGAGCUUUUUGGGCCUGAGUUGUUUCGAUUGAGAGUUCUUGAAUUAAAUGCAUCUGAUGAACGUGGAAUACAGGUUGUUAGAGAAAAAGUGAAGAAUUUUGCUCAAUUAACUGUGUCAGGAAGUCGUUCAGAUGGGAAGCCAUGUCCACCUUUUAAGAUUGUGAUUCUGGAUGAAGCAGAUUCUAUGACCUCGGCUGCUCAGGCAGCUUUACGACGUACUAUGGAGAAGGAGUCUAAAACCACCCGAUUCUGUCUCAUCUGUAAUUAUGUCAGUCGAAUAAUUGAACCUCUGACCUCUAGAUGUUCUAAAUUCCGCUUCAAACCACUGUCAGAUAAAAUUCAACAGCAGCGAUUACUAGACAUUGCUGAUAAAGAACAUGUCAAAAUUAGCAAUGAGGGAAUAGCUUAUCUUGUUAAAGUGUCAGAAGGAGACUUAAGAAAAGCUAUUACAUUUCUUCAAAGUGCUACUCGAUUAACAGGUGGAAAGGAGAUCACAGAGAAGGUGAUCACAGACAUUGCUGGGGUAAUACCAGCUGAGACCAUCGAUGGACUAUUUGCUGCAUGUCAGAGUGGCUCUUUUGACAAACUAGAAGGUGUAGUAAAAAAUUUAAUAGAUGAGGGCCAUGCAGCCACUCAGCUUGUAAAUCAACUUCAUGAUGUGGUUGUAGAAAAUGAUAACCUUUCCGACAAACAGAAAUCCAUCAUCACAGAAAAACUUGCUGAAGUAGACAAGUGCUUAGCGGAUGGUGCUGAUGAACAUCUACAACUGAUCAGCCUCUGUGCUACUGUGAUGCAGCAGUUAACUCAGAAUUGCUGAAAUGUUCGUAAGAUGUUUAAAACUUACACAAAUAAAAUAACCAAAACACCUUUAAAGUGAAUAUACAAUUUAUUUAACAUUCAAACUUCAUUAAGACAUGUGCAAUAUGGCAAUUUUAAUUACUGGGGGUUUUAACCCUACCUAGGAUAUGAUUGCUUGCUGGGGCUUAGCAACAGGGUCCAGUUCACACUUAGCACUAAUUAAAUACUUUAUUGAAUAAAUACAAUACCAAACAAAAUGCAUUCAAAUGCUUUCUAAAAAAAAAAAAA